AUGGAUAGCAGUAAGUCUAUAGAAGAUAACUUAGAUGAAUUCUUGAAAAUGACUCUAAUCCUAAAAGGCAUUGACCAAGAACUAGGAGAUAUAAGCCUAGAUAUGAUCCCUUUAAACUCCUUGACUAAAGACUACCAAGUACUUAAAAAUGCCCUUCAGUACUCUGGUACUGUACCUAGUUUAGAUUUAAUAAUUGCUGGCCUAAAAGCUAGGGAAUUAGAGUUAAAGGUUCAUAAGAGAAGUGGGAAUAACUUGUCUGACCAGAUUCAGGAUUGGGUGUUAGAUUUUGGGUGCUCAUUUCACAUGAGCCCCAACAGAGAAUGGUUCCAAGAGUUUUGGAGUGAUGAACAUGAGACUGUGUUUAUGGGGAACAACAAUGUCUGCAAAGUGCUAGGAAUAGAAAAUAUAACUGUAAGACUGGAAGAUGGGAAACUGGUUGUGUUAUCUAAGGUGAGAUACAUUCCUGAAUUCAAGAGAAAUCUAAUUUCCUUUGGUACUUUAGAUGAGUCUGGAUGCAGUUAUAAAGUGGAGAAAAUGUGCAUUAAUGUGUUUAGAAACAACAACAUAGUGUUAAGGGGGUUGAAGAAAAAUGGCCUAUACAUGCUUUGUGGGUGUUAUUACCUUGGGAAAGGUAAUAGUGCUCUUGUCUCAGAAAACCUUAGUGUGACAGAUAAGACACUUAAGAUUAGGGCAUAUGAGCCAAAAGGGUAUGGACAUCCUAAACCAGCAGGGGCUACUUGCAAAAAGGUAUGGGUUUACCUUCUCAAAUCUAAGGAUGAGGCACCAUCUAAGUUCAAGAACUGGAAAAUGCCAGUGGAAAAUCCAGUUGAUCGGAAGGUAAAGGCUCUUAGAACUGACAAUGGAUUAGGGUUUUGCAACACAGAAUUUGAUAAGUAUUACCAUGACCAGGAUUAUUGCAAAAGAACUACUUCACUUGAGUUGGUUGUUUUUGGAGAUUUAGAUUUUGCAGCCCUCUCAACAAUUGAAGUUGAAUAUGUGGUAUGGUUGCAAGGGAUACUGUCAGAAGCUGGGCUAACUGGUUGCAAGGUGACUAUUUACUCAGAUAGUCAGAGUGCAAUUCAUCUGAGUAAAAACCUUGUCUACCAUGAAAGAACAAAACAUGUGGAUGUUAGAUUCCACUUUGUUAGAGACCUGAUUAUUCAAGGGUUGAUUAAGCUGAAAAAGAUCCCUACUGAAGACAAUCCAGCAAACAUGGGAACUAAAGUAGUUACACCUGCCAAGUUGAAGCAUUGCUUGAACUUAUUGUUUGUGAAGUGA